AAACCUUGUGAGAAGGCUAAUUUUAAAAGCAUUGGUUGUUACAAGGAUCAGCAUAAUGAUCGAGUCUUACCUGAAUUGUUGAUAUCUGACCGAGAUGUAACCAGUCAUGUGUAUAGUGGUAUUAAGAUCGACUGGAAGAAUUUCAAUGAAUAUUUGCCACGGUUUAUUUGCCGUUGUGCAGUAGCUGCCAAAAGAAAGGGAAGUACUCACUUUGGAAUGCAGUUCUGGGGCGAGUGUUGGACAGGAAAUCGCGCAAUGUCGACCUAUUAUAAAGAUGGCAAAGCAACAACAUGCAUCGAAACAUCUUACAAAAGUUGUGCUCAUUACGAUCCGCUCUGCAGUGGAGUGGGCGGCUCAAACUUUGUCUAUCGCAUUGUUAAAGCUGAACAAGCUGCAUGUGAAAUAUCCUAUGAGUCUGUUGGCUGUUUUGAAGGAAAGCCAGAAACAGGAGCUUUGAAUGAGUUAAUCAUUGAUGACAUCAACCCAUUGAGCAGCAAAUUUUCUGGGAUCAAUGCUACCGAUUAUGAAGACUGGGAUGAGUACAUAGAACGAUUAGUCUGCCGUUGCGCACAAGAAAGCAAGGCGCGUGGAUACAAAGAAUUUGCAAUCCAUAAAAAAGGUCUAUGCUUCAGUGGUUCUGGAAAUUCAACAACCUAUGAAAAUGUCGGUGAAACAGAACAGUGCUAUCACAAGGAAAAGGAAAGCCAAGGUAAUGAUCACAAAGAAAAGAAAUGUGAAGAAGAACAUCACAGUACAAAAUUAUGCUACGGUGGAGGCAAAACUAUUUUUGUCUACAAACUUAUCGAAGAAAACAACAACUGA